GGGCACCCGUCGGUCCGGCGCGCACGUCAGGCGCGCGUUUGCGCGUGCGCGCGCCUGUGCGGACGAGCGUGUGCGUGUGCGCGCGGACGUGCGCGUGCGCGUGCGCACGCCAGCGCAGCGCCGGAGACGCACGAGGCCCGGGGCAGCUCACACCAAGCUCCUGAAAGAACAUCUUGGCUAUCGUUUCUUAGACCUGUAAGCUGUUUACGCGACAGUGGGUACCUGCUGGGCGUGCUGUGGUCUGUUACAGGAAUGUUUCUGAUCAUCUAAAUCUCAACCAUGCUGUCAAACUGCUUGCAAAAUUUUCUAAAAAUGACAAACUCUCUUCUAAUACAUACACGAUUAUGCCAGCGAUUAAUAAGUGGAAGGAGGUUUUCCGAAACUGCGCCGACAUCCAGCUUGCGUAGGCGGGUUGUCAUUACAGGCAUUGGCUUAGUGACUCCUCUUGGUGUUGGAACUCAGCUGGUAUGGGACCGUCUUAUUCAGGGAAAGAGUGGGAUUGUUCCACUGGUUGGUGAAGAGUACAAGACUAUACCUUGCAGUGUUGCUGCUUACGUGCCAAGAGGUUGUGAUGAAGGGCAAUUCAAUGAACAAAACUUUGUGACCAAAUCAGAUGUCAAGGCCAUGUCUUCUCCCACCAUCAUGGCCAUAGGGGCUGCAGAGUUAGCCUUGAAAGAUUCCGGCUGGCAUCCCCAGUCAGAAGCUGAUCAGCUGGCUACUGGUGUUGCAAUCGGCAUGGGAAUGGUUCCUCUUGAAGUUAUUUCUGAAACUGCUUUGAUGUUUCAGACGAAAGGUUACAACAAAGUCAGCCCAUUCUUUGUCCCUAAGAUUCUGGUCAAUAUGGCCGCAGGCCAGGUCAGCAUUCGACAUAAACUCAGGGGCCCCAAUCAUGCAGUGUCCACAGCCUGUACCACCGGAGCUCAUGCUGUGGGAGACUCCUUUAGAUUUAUAGCCCACGGUGAUGCUGAUGUGAUGGUGGCUGGAGGUACAGAUUCUUGCAUCAGCCCUUUAUCGCUUGCUGGGUUUUCCAGAGCUCGGGCUCUGAGCACAAACUCUGAUCCUAAGUUGGCAUGUCGACCAUUUCAUCCAGAGAGAGAUGGUUUUGUCAUGGGAGAAGGUGCCGCCGUGCUGGUGCUAGAAGAACGUGAGCAUGCUGUUCAAAGAGGGGCCCGGAUCUACGCAGAAAUUUUGGGCUAUGGACUCUCAGGUGAUGCUGGUCACAUAACCGCCCCUGAUCCUGGAGGAGAAGGUGCCUUCAGAUGUAUGGCUGCUGCUGUAAAAGAUGCAGGUGUACGACCUGAAGAGGUGUCCUACAUCAACGCACAUGCUACUUCUACACCGUUGGGAGACGCUGCUGAAAACAAAGCCAUCAAACGUCUUUUCAAAGACCAUGCCCAGGCCCUCGCAGUUUCCUCUACCAAGGGAGCCACGGGACAUCUGCUGGGGGCUGCGGGGGCUGCUGAAGCAGCUUUUACCGCCCUGGCUUGUUACCAUCGAAAACUGCCACCCACCUUAAAUCUGGAUUGUACAGAACCACAGUUUGAUCUCAAUUAUGUUCCAGUCAAGGCACAGGAAUGGAAAACUGAGAAAAGAUGUAUCGGACUCACCAAUUCAUUUGGCUUUGGUGGUACUAAUGCGACACUUUGUAUUGCUGGCUUGUAGGUCAAAUCAUUUGCAAUUAAACAUUGAUUUUUUUAAUGUUAUAAACUGCAUUCAGUGGAGAAAUAAUAUGUUUAUAUAAAUCCAUAUCCUUAUAUAUCCAUACCCAGAUAUCCUUUACCUUUGUCAAGGUUUCUCAACCUUGGCGCUGUUGAUAUGUUGAGCAGGAGAAUUUUUUGUUGGGGAAAGAGGAGGGGAGCUGUGUUAUAUUAACAGUAUCCUAGUCUUUACCCACUAGAUUCUAAUAGCACCUCCUUCCCCAGUUGUAACAACCAAAAAUGUCUCUAGACACUGCCAGAUGUUUCCAGGAGGUGGGGGGAAGGAGGAGCCCCACGUGAAAAGCACUGAUCUGUGUUUUCCUGAUGCUCUAGGUCAAACGACUCUUCACGACAUUUCACCCACUCUUGUCCCUUUUGCAAACAUUUGGCAAAUAGCUGCUCUGUGCUAGGUAUUCCAACUCCAGGCACACCAUUCCCAGCCAGCGUAUAGAGAAGGAGUACAAAUAUAACCGUGAGUUUCUUAUCACUGGUCAGCACUCUUUGAAUGUAGCUGUCAGCCAGCAGGGAUCUGUUCACCCCUUACCUGUCCUAGCCCUCUUAUUCCUAUUGUCUUUACUGAAAUUAAGCAAAGUAACAGAAUUUCCUUAAAUUUCCAAGCUAUCAGUGCUCUGAAAGAAGGAAGUGAAAUUGGUUUGGUACUUCUUAUUCUUUUUGUAUGUAUGGUGACACCUAGUGAGCAGUGGAGAUGAAGGUCUUUGGGAAGUGGAGCAGAACUUGGGGACUCAAGCCACAUCACCUCGCCCACCUCUAGCUUUGUUGCUGCUGUGGUAGAUGGUUUUGUGUGCCUCCACCAUCUCACCACAAGUGCUGGUGGGGCCUCCACCUCUUCCACCUUGGGGGUUCUCCAUCUGGCUGGAAUUGUUGGGAGGGGGAGGGGGGCAAUUUCCCUAAAGGCAGCACUUAACCAGCUAGGGUGGGAGGUGGAUAAGCACCUCGGCCUCCUUUCAGAAUGAUACCUAAGGUUCUGUAUAGUUCCUGGGGUUUCCAGUGAGAUAAAGCUUCAGUGCCCCCAACAUUAACCAGCUCAGUAACACUCUUUUUAUUGGCUUUUUUUCCCUUCCCUGUUCCUGCUCUGAUUUUUAAUCCUGCUCAGGAAUCACUUCCUAAACAAACCACUUUGUUCUCAUUUCUGCUUUCUGGGGGACUCAGACUAAGACGGGAAGUCUGUGUUGGAAUGGCGGUUUAUAUAUCAAAGGGAUAAAGUUAACAACUGGGUAGAUGGAAUGUGUGUAUUUCUGCCGAAGUGAACAGCAUUCCCCACAUGCUAAUAGGCUGCCAACAUUGUUUGCCCACUGACUUUGCUAUAUGCCUAAGACUCCAGCCAUGUUCGUUCUGCUAUAAUCAGUUUUAAAUCCCACUGGCACACAGUUUGUUCCACUAAAAUUUAUUGG